AUGGGUCUGAAUUCAACAAAAUCUUCAUUAACAAAUAAUAAAUAUUCAUUAACAUUUUCAUCAACAAAUAAUUUUUAUCGUGGUCUUUCAACAAUACAAGGUAAUUUUCAUAUAAAUAGUCGUACAAAAUUACGUAUUGAAAAAAAAAUUCGUAUUGAUUUAAUUGGUCAAUUAAUUGAAAAUAAAAAAAUUUCAUUAAAUUCAACAAAAAGAUCUUCACAAUUAAAAAAUAAUAAGAUCUUUUUUACAUAUUCAUUUCCACUUGUUACAUCACAUGAAAAUGGUAUUGCAAGAAUAAUUAAAAAUCGACAAACUAAUUUUUCAUUUCGUAUUCCACUUGGUAGUAAUUUACCACCAUCAUGUGAAUUUACAGAAUUUUCUAUUGUUUAUUAUCUUGAUAUUUAUCAUGAUGAAAGAUUAUUACCAGAUAUUCGAAAAACAAUCAUAUUAGCACCACCGGCACCUCUUAUUACUAUUCCAUUACCUUGUAAAGUAACAGGUUGUAAUGAUAUAAACAUGAUUUGUAGUUUACAAAAAUCAUAUUAUUCUGGACGAGAUGGUUCUAUUGUUUUAUUAUCAAUUUUAAUAACAAAUCCAAAACAAAAACAAAUUCAAUUAGUAGUAGCACAAUUAAUGCAAAUUGUUUCAUUAAAUGAAAUAAAAUUUGAAAAUGAAAUUUUUACAAAUCAACUUAAUGAAAUAAAUGAAAAUACACAAGAAAAUCAAAUAAAUCAAACAUGUGAAUUAAAUUUACCAUCAAAUUUACCACCAACAUAUAUUCCAAAUGAAAAUGGUCAACCAGAUAAUGUUCCAUGUAUGGCUAUUAUAUAUGAAUUACGUAUAACAGCUCAAAUGAAAGGUACAACCACUUCUAAUCUACGUUUAUCUGUACCUAUUGGUAUUGAAUAA